AUGCCUUCAAGUUCUUCAGAGCCUUCUGCUUGCCAGGGUUCCCUAGGACCUAUGGUACCAGCAGAUAAAAAUUAUGGUGACCAACAUGUUUGUCCUGUGGUUCCAAGGAAGCAGCGGAAGGAACGCACUGUGUACACCAAGGAACAAAAGCUAAUGCUGCAGAAAUAUUUCUUUAAUAAGAACAAGAGUCCAAACCGGGAGGAAUGCAGAUCGCUUGCAGAACUUAUUGGAGUAACAGAGAAUGCAGUCCAGAUCUGGUUCAAGAACCAGCGGGCUAAGAACAAAAAGAAGAAUCUUCAGAAAUUUCCGGAAGUACAGCCAAGGAUAAAUGGAAACUCUAAAGAGGGUAAUAAGUCAACAGGAUCUCCUGGUCCAUUAUCUGUGGUUGCUUCUGCCAAUGGAGAGUCCAUGUCUCCAGGCACAUUUGGUGUGAGUUCCAUUCCCAAACACAGCUCCAGCCAUCAAAGUCCUCUGCAUGGUGAUCAGGCCUAUGAUGAUGCCAGGAAUAGCCUCCAAGGACACCUAUUUGAUAGCCAAGCCGAUUUGAAGCCCAGACUGACCCAGCAGUAG